AAUAAGCGCAAAAAUGUACUUCUGAUUUGCAGAUAUUUGAAUUUCUUCCAAUUAAUUUGCUUUGAAAGACGGUGGUCUUUAGUGAACGCGGUAGGUGCUGUGCUUUGCGCAUGUUUUGACUGUUAAUGUGCUUUACCACAGCAUCCAAGAGCUCUAGUUGCAGACUAGAACCCCCUUUUUAGAGAAUUUUUCAAAGGCAGAAUUUAGCCUCUGCCCCACUCCUGCACAUAAAUAUGAAAAGAAAGGAGGAGGUGGAAUUUAAUGAGGCUGUUCUGGCUGUACAGUGUUGUAGACAACCGGACAGACGAGGUGCUGCUCUUUGCAACUUCUUACUGGGAGGGUUUAGUUGAGAAGACGGAGCCGAACUCAUCCCGUGGAUGCACAGUGAGGGGACAAGAGGCAACGGGGACAAGCAGGAAGGGGAAUGACGAUGACCAGCCUCCUGCCUUCAGCGGUGGACGGAAACUGCUACUACAUCCUGACAGAAGACUGUGCGUAUGGCAGCAAGUAUUUCCAAGCUGGGAACAUGUGCUUCUGCAGCGAGAGAAGUUACCUGCGCAAUUUCUCCGAAGACAGGCCCCCGGCUUGCUUCUUGAAAGUCAUCAUGCUGGAUGACAGCUCCACCGUCACGAUAAAUGUAGAAGUCCUUCAGCCCGUGCGCGAGGAAACAGCUGUCUUCCUCCUGGCCGUCAGCAGCCACAACGAACGUUUAAACUAUUUCUUGGAGAGGUUGAGCCUUGAAGCAGCUCUGCGGGCUGUGCCAGGCCAAAAAGUGAUGGCGGAGGUUGACCGGCAACAUUUCCCUGGUGUCAUCCGCUACAUCGGGAGCAUUUACAAAAACACUUUGGCUGUGCUGUCUCCAUUCUUCUUUGGGGUGGAGUUACAGGGCGAGGGUGAAAACCGAGGGCGCAGCGAUGGAUCUUACCACGGCACCGAGUAUUUCAAGUGCAAGCGGAACUGCGGGAUCUUCCUGCCGUUUAGCAGAAUCCAGUUUAUUCCUGUGCCAGAUGACGACUACGUGAAACAGAAGCCAAAACCGGACAUGGAGGAGGGGGUUCCUGUGAAAGUGGGAGAUGCGGUUAGCUUCUACGUGGACGAGGUCCUCACAAAAGGAAUAGCGAUGGCGGUUUACAGGGAGGGAACCCAAUGGUUCGUUAAAGUUUGCCCGGAAGAAGAAGGAACAACUGACAUUUUCAGAGAAAUCCCUAUAGACUCUGUUGUGAAGGAAAGCUUGCAAAGUUUGUUUUCACCGUUCGAGUCCGACACGGGCUUGGGACACCCAAACCAAAUGAAACAAGAGAUAAGCGAGAGUGGUGAGGAGUGUGAAGGUGGGAAUUCAUCCCUGGAGGUGAACUCCAUGGUCCAGAUCACCUUGGACAAGGGAAAUCAGGUUUCAGGAAUCAUCCGUUGGUUGGGCUACCUGCCCCAAAUUAAGCACAAAAUGGCAGGAGUUGAACUGGAUGAAGAUAAGGGAGUCACUGCUGGCGAAUGGCUGGGCAAAUACUACUUCCACUGCGCUCCAAAGCGCGGCCUCUUCGUAAAGCUGCAGUCCUGCCAGCCUGAUGUUCGCUUCCAGUGUUUGCGCAACAGUGACCUGAGCCUCAUGGGUUACAGAGGGCAGGAAGUUCUUCCACAGGCUCCAGACAGUUUUCCUCCCCUCCGGAACGAGGCAGCGGUGCAUGUCCUGCGAGGGCGGAUGAAGGGGAUCCAAGGCCACUGUAAUUCCUGCUAUAUGGACGCAGCUCUCUUCAGCCUCUUCUCCUGUACGUCCGUGCUGGAUUCCAUGCUCUUCAAGCCCUUCCCACUGUGUGACAGGAACGUCCAGAGCAUUCUGCGGGAUGAGAUUGUUAAUCCCCUGCGAAAGACUGGCUUCGUCAGGGCUGGGAGCGUGAUGCACCUUAGGGAGCAGCUCACUGACAAGGGCCAGUGUUCAAGCUUUACCAACGCUGAGAAAGAUCCUGAAGAGUUCCUCAAUCUCAUCAUGCAUCAGAUCCUGGGAAUAGAGCCACUCUUGAAACUGCAAUCCCGUCUUGCUUCAUUAUCCAAAUGCCGCGUUUUGGGAAGGAAUAUAAAAUGUUCAGCAAAAUCAUUCCUUCCUUGGAGCUGGAUCCCGUCUUGCUUCAUUAUCCAAAUGCCGCGUUUUGGGAAGGAAUAUAAAAUGUUCAGCAAAAUCAUUCCUUCCUUGGAGCUGGAUAUAACAGAUCUGCUGCUUGACAGUCCCAGGGAAUGCUGCGUGUGCGGCAACGUUGCCACCCUGGAGUGUUCAGAGUGUUUCAAAGACAAAGUAUUCGCAGCUACGGGCCUGAAGCAGUUCUGCAGCUCCUGCUCCAGACAGGUUCACUCCCACUACCGACGCAAAACGCACAAGCCAACCAGGCUGCACGUCCCAGAAGAGUUUCACAGCUGGAGCACCCGGAGGAGCCAGCAGGUCCCUCGUGAGAAGAUGGAGCUUUUUGCAGUGCUCUGCAUCGAGACCAGUCAUUACGUCUCCUUUGUGAAGUACGGCCCCGAGAACGAACACUGGAUGUUCUUCGACAGCAUGGCUGACAGGCAUGGUGAUGAAAAUGGUUUCAACAUUCCCAUGGUAACGCUGUGCCCUGAAGUUGCCAAAUACCUGGACUUGCCACUGGCUGUGCUGGCCCUGGAGCAACCUCGGGACAUGGAUGGAGUGGCCAAGCGCCUUUUCUGCGAUGCCUACAUGUACAUGUACCAGAGCAAGAAGAUGGCGCUUUACAAAUGAUACUGCCUUGGGCUGGCGCUGCAGAGCAGCGAGGCAUCGGAAACAGGAGCUUGGAUCAACCCUGCAGCUCAGAAUCGGCGAAAGCAGCCGAGUCUGGGUGCACCGGGCUUGUACUUCUGCCUCUUCUUACUUCUUCCAGUGUCUGGUAUCAAGCUGUCCAGGUCAGCCUGUUUGGCUUUGUUAAAUCCUGUACCUGGCCUUACCGAGUGAGAGUUUGUACUUCCAGCAGACCUGGACUCUGAAUUAUUUACAUUCAAAUUCCUUCUCAUUUCCUGCCUUCCUCCCUCCCCAGGCACUCUGCAGCUCUGCCCUACCUCAGAGUCCUCCCCAACAUCCUUUUCUCCCUGCCAGCCCUUCCCUCCAAAGCUGAGGACCAGCAUCUCAUCAAAACAUGAGCAGUUAUCCUCAGGUUUGCAAGGAGCACAAGAAAACCACAGCCUUGCCCUGCGGAAGGCAUCCUCACGUGGACUUGCGGAAUGAGAAAACAGGAGGCAUGAGCCUGCACCAGUGUGGUUAAGAGAUGGGUCAGGACAAGGGUUUUUCUUGAGGUCAGGGAUGCCACCCCACACCUAAUUCUGGGUCCCUGAAUUGUCUGCGCAUCCCUUAUCCAGCGCUAAUACCUGAGCACUUUUACCCACCAUCCCUUAUUUUCAACCAUGAGAUGAAUUGGAUGUCUUGAGCUGCAAAUAGGCUUUAAAAAUACAUAUAAGAACAAAACUGGAAGAUGGAGCAGAGGACCAGCGUGUGAGCUCAUUACGCUGACUCUUUUUGUGCAAAGGCUGCGCUAUUGCUACACAAUUGGGUGAAUAACCUCACUUCUAGCACUUACUGUCCCAUCUUCUGAGAUCUGUGCCGAAGACCAGUAACAGAAUUCCAAGGGCAAAAAUGGAAAAAAAGGAGCGCUCUUGGAUUUUCUGCUGCGACCGCAGUAAGGCUUAAGGUAUUCCUCAAGUUCAACUUAAAUUUGCAAACUGGGGGGUUCUCUGCCAUUAAGCACAUGCUGUCAUUCCCCGUGGGAAUCUGUUAAGGGAGUCAAGGUGAUGAACUGGGUUGCCCAGAUUCCAGAUUGCACUGACAGGACACCAAAACCUUAAGGGACGCAACUGGGAGCCCUGGAUGUGCAGCUGUAAUCUUCCUCCUCCUCUAUUUUUUUCUUCUGUAACGCAGGGUGCAGUAAUUGUAAUAUGCAGCCUGUAGCUUUGUAUCCCUCCUGUUGGCUUGGGCCAUGGGUUAAACAUGGUUUAGGACCUUCUUUGCUGGCAGCAGGGUUGUGAUGCUAACAGGGUCCUCAAUGGCUUGAUGGCCCUGUCAGCUUUCUGGUCUGUCCCUUAUUUCUGUGUGUGGUGGCUACAAAGGACAGCGGUGUGUCAUGAACCCAGAUUGUUAACUCACAGUUCAUGUUUUGAGAGCAACACUUGGCCAAUUCAGCUUCCAAAUGUCCUUGCUGAGCAUUUGGGCCUCAACAUGAAGGUAACCACGAGGCAGCAAUGUGUCCUCAUGGUAGAGAAGGCGAACCAAUGUCCUGGGCUGCGUUUGGAGAAGUGUUGCCAGCAGGUCAAGGGAGGGGUUCCUUCCCCUCUGCUCAGCGCUGAUAAGGCCACACCUGGAGUACUGGGUCCAGUUUUGGGCUUCCCAGUAUGAGAGGACAAGAAUCCAACAAAAGGCCACGAAGCUGAUGAAGGGACUGGAGCAUCUCUCCCAUGAGGAAGGGCCGAGAGAGCUGGGACUUGUUCAGCCUGGAGAAGGCUCAGGAGGGAUCUGCUCAAUGUCUAUAAAUAUCUGAAGGGGAGAUACAAAGAAGAGUGAGCCCGGAUCUUCUCCGAGGUGACCAGGACCAGAGGCACAAACUGAAACACUUGAGGUUCCCUCUGAACAUCUUCACCAUGUUGGUCACAAGCCCUCUGAACAUCUUCACCAUGUUGGUCACAAGCCCUGGCAGAGGUUGCCCAGAGAAGUGGUGGAGUCUCCAUCCUUGGAUAUAUUCAAAAAUGAUCCUAAGGCAAAUCCGAAGGUACCGGUGGUUGAAGAGUCUGUCUCAGGGUAGGAGGGAUGGUGGCAGCUCAUGCAACAGCUCGUCUUGAGGAUGGGUUUCCCCUGCUCCCACUUGUGAACUGGUUGACUGACCUCUGGCUGAUCAUCUGUGGCCACGGAGAGGGCUGACGGGCUGGAGGGUGUUGCUCUCUCUCUUUGUCUACUUCAAGUUGCUCUUCAUUCCUUUU